UGCAGUUGAUUAGUGCAAUUUUGACAAAUAAGGAAAACGUGCGACCAAAAAGUGUAGUUAGUAAUUUUUGUUUGCCGUGCGCUGUUUCAAAAAUAAGAUGUUCGAUUUUAAUUCCGAUGCCGAGGAUGGUGGUGUGGUGGAUCCCACUUUUGGUGUAGAAGAAUCAAAAAAUAUCAGAUCUUGUAUUUCAAUAAAACGGAAAGGAAACAGUGUGGAGUAUAUACCAGCAAAAUUUCCAAGAAGUGCGGCAUUGGAUAUUGGACGCUAUGAAGAAGACGAGCAAGCAACUGGAACAUUACAAAAAUUAAACGUUAAGGGAGUCAACCGCAUUCUCUUUGAAAAUGGAUUUUUUAGUGUUAUUCAAAAGAGAGAUGAAACGGAUUACUUGAGGAGAAUGGAAGGAAUACUAGUGCAAUGCAGAAUGUGUCCGCAAAAAAUUAAAGGUUCGUUGGGUGUCUCCUCAAACUUUAUAAGACAUUUGCGCCUAUACCACGAAAAUGAGUUCAAACAAUAUGAGCAAAGGAAAAAAAUUGAAAUGGAAAACAAGCCGAAAAAGACUAACGAUUUCGACGAAAGAGUUUUGAUGUUUCUAGCCGCGACCUAUAGUCCUUUGAGUACCGUGGAAAAACCUGAAUUUAAAAAUCUAUUCAAAGGCUUACAGAUAGAGUUCAAAAGCAGGCGCGUAAUGGCAGAUAUUUUAGAGGAAAAACAUUUGCAGUGGUUAGCAGAAACGAAAGAUUUAUUAAACGCAGUGCAAUAUUAUUGUACAACCGCGGAUAUUUGGUCGGCUGGAGAGAUAUCAUUUCUUGGAUAUACCUGCCAUUGGCUAUGCCCAACUACUUUCAAACGUAGCCAUAUAGCUUUGGCUUGUCGCCGUUUUAAAGGCAGCCCUAGCUAUGAGAGGAUUGCGCAGCUGAUUGCCUCUAUCCAUGAAGAAUUCAAUUUGGAAGAUAAUAAGUUACAGUUGACUAUAACAGACAAUGGUGCGAACUUUUGUAAGGCUUUCAAAGAAUAUGGUCUAACAGCGGAAGAAAGUAUUGAGAGUAGUAGUGAUUCAGCAGAAGAGUCUUUCGUUGAAGAGGAGCGAGUUAAGUUUGUUGACACACCAUUAGAACUGCCACAAUAUUUUAGGUGUGCCAGUCACACACUAAAUCUAUUGUCCUCAACUGAUUUUCUAAACAUCAUCAAACAAAAUAAAAAGUUGUAUUCGCGACACAAGCAGGCAUUCAUGCGCUGCUCCAAUAUAUGGCACAAAUGUGCACGCCCAAAAUCGGCAACGUUAAUACAAGGCAUAUUAUCCUCAUCACUAAAGACUCCAAGAGUCACAUGUUGGAAUUCUUUAUUUGACAGCGUGCAGAAUCUAUUAGCACAUAAAGACAAAUUAUCGCUUCUAUGUACAGCACUAAAUAUUGCAAAAUUUACACCGCCAGAUAUCGAAUAUUUGGAGAGCUAUGCGAAGCUGAUGGAGCCUAUAGCCAGUGCCAUUGACUUUUUACAAAAUGAAGAAAAUAUGUACUUCGGAAAUUUUAUUGCUGCGCUUAUGUCUCUGAAGGUUAAAUUGGGUAGACUACAAGAAACCAAUGAGCUGCGCGCACUAUCUCCAGUAUGUGGCGAAAUGAUAAAUUGUUUGACGAAAAGAUUCAAAACCUACUUUGAAGGCGAUAAAGAGUCGGAGGUAGCCAUUGUCGCAACGAUGACGUGUCCAGCACUGAAAUUAAGAUUCUUACCCGUUUUGCAGCGAACGGCACCACAACUCAGUGCUGAACUAUUAAAAGACUGGUUCCUUAAGUAUUCGGCACACUGCUGCGAUUAUACGGAAGCAUCAACAGAAUUUGGAACACUUGAUAUGCCAAACUCAUUUUUGGAUUUCGGAGAUACCAAACCUGAUUACAAGAACCUUCAACGAGAUGGUGCUCGGCAUCAGUUCGAAACAUAUUUACUGGAUAAAUCUACGUCUCUGAACUCGCUUCAAAACUACUCGUUAGUUAAAGAUGUUUUCCUCAAAUGCAAUACCGCAAUAACAUCUUCUGCUCCCGUUGAACGGUUAUUUGCUUUUAGGGGGAUGGUGGACGCGACUAUCGGAGAAAACUUGAGCGACAAGAACUUUGAGAGAUUAGCUCUUAUGAGGGCGAAUAAUUUGAAUUAAUUUUUGUUUUUGCGUUGUAUUUGUAAUAUACAUACGUGUAAUGUAGAUUUGUAUAUCAUACUAUGUAUGCAUAUUGAAUUUAAUUUUUUUGUGUUCUUUUGUUUUUUGUUGA